AUGUCUGCAAGCUCUCUUCUCUCGGCUAACCCAUCAUAUUCUAACGAUGGUGGCGCCACGGAUGUCCGGCGGAGCCUUGUCGGGACAACUGUAGAAGCGCUAUCACCCGAACUGCAAUCUGCAGAUGCUCUUGAUCCCGAAAACAACAGCGACCAUCGCGCAUUUCUUCCCGCGCACGAGAGCAACGAAGGCGCAGUAUUUGAGGGCGACAAUCCGAUGAUCAGCGUCCUAGAAAAAGUGGGAGGUGCCUCAGGCGACCACCAAGAACAAGUGCACGUGAUGUGUUCGGAGAAAUGCGCGCUCAAGAGCCAAACGGGGAGGAAAAGACCUAGGCGAAGGGGAGGAAAUGCCAGAAAGAACAGGGCCGUUUUAAACUGUUAUCCGAUUGAGAUUAAAGAAAAGAAGGGGCAUUGGUAUUCGAGAAAGGAAAUGGAGGUUCUGAGGUUUCAAGGGGUAGAAGAGCAAAAGAAGAGGUGGGUCGAGGUGUACUGUGGGCUUGGUCCACUGGUGCAGCAGGAGUAUGAUGGACUGGUGAAGUCGGAAAAGACUCGUCAAGAGGAUAGUUUCCCGAGCUUUGAUUUCGACUUUGAUCCACGCUCUCAGUUCCAGAAAUCUGCUGACUUGAGCGAAGGCUGCCGGCAGGUUUUGGAUAAUCCUUCGGAAGAUUUGAUUACCUCAGAUCCUUCCUCCUGUCUCCCAAUUAGUGAUGAAAUAGGAUGCUCAGCAUUGGAAGGAGAGUUCAGUGAAGACGAUGAAAGUGAUGACGAUUACAGUAGCAUUCAAAGGCCAGCCUUUUUGGUUACAGGAGAACCUGAUUUUGACUCUGGCCCUCCGCAAGAUGGACUUGAAUAUCUUAGGCGUGUAAGGUGGGAGGCUGAUAGAAUCCCGAAGGUGAAAGUUGUCAAGGUUAAUAAUAAAAACAAAGAACAGAGUGUUUAUAUGCCUCAAAUUCCUGAUAUUAUGGAGUGCCCUGAGAACAUAUUGCCACUCAAACAGUGGGAGAACAGCUUUCUUGCUGAUUUCUCGGAGCUGAGACAGGCCUUCUCGCGGCUCGACCCACAGGCUUCCCGUUUGAAAAGUUCAACUGAAGAGCACCCGUUCACCGAUGAAGAUGAUAUUUUGGGUCAGAUGCUUGAAAUUAACACCAGUGUUGGGAAAUUUGUGAACAUAAAAAUAGAAGAUGAUGCUAAAACCAAUACACGUUCUCCGGAGGAUUCCAAUUUCACAGUCGAAACCCCGGCCCUCUCUAUGAUUUUGAAAAUGGACUUUGCUGCUCGAACUUCAAUGCUGAAAAGGCGGAUAAGUUGCAUAGAGAAUAUGGACACAUUACCUCGUGAUGAGAGCUUAUGGUUGUUUGCUCUUUGUGUGGCCGUCGAUUGGCCACUUGAUGCCGGCACAAGCGCAUCGCUCAGGUCUCUACUCCGAAAGUGCGCAAGCCUGAGAGCUGCAAAAAAUGAAGUGGAUGAUGAAGUUGCUAUUCUCAAUAUUCUUGUGACGAUAUCUGGUAGAUACUUUGGACAGUUAGAAUCUUGA